AUGGCUACCUGGAUGCCGAAAACGUUCAGAAAAAUAUUGCUCGAUAUCUUUUCUCAAGCCAUACCUUCUGCUGUUGUCAAUCCAUUCAACCCUAUUGCCGGCCCUUGGACACUCAGUCGAGUGUGUAAGAAAUGGAAUUCCAUCAUCACUUCCUACGCACCUUUAUGGAUGAACAUCACCAUCGAUACCAGCCCUGGUGCUAUAAACGUCCAGAAACCAUACAGAUCCCUCAUCGACGUUCUCAAAUAUUCGCAGGACCGGCCGCUUUCCAUCCAUUUCGUUGAGGGAGAAGAAUCCAUGCCCUCCGUAACUCACAUGUUGCUCUGCAUCCUCAUGAAGCAUGCACCCCGGUGGAAAGACCUUGACUUCACCUUAUCCAACUCCGAGACAGCGGCUGCAUUCGAUGCUAACGUCACGCCUAUGUCCAAUAAUAAUACGACUCUCUUUUCUGCGCACCCUUCAGCUGGGGAUCCUCGUAUCCUUCGAUCCAUCAUCGCGCCCAAGCUGGAAGAGGUCCAUGUCCAGCUGUUCAACAAAGACUUCCAGGAGGUGAUUCUUCACGCCCUUCUGUUUCUAAUCAAGAGAUCUGGCUGCUUCUUGCGCAAGAUCACCGUCGGAGAUUGUAUCCCAGUGGUAAAUAAAUUCAUAUCCAUUCUUCAGGCAUCGCCGAACCUUGAAGAGCUUGCGUUAUCUUUCACCGUGUGGAAUGAUAGGACGGAUUCCUGUCUUUUGGAGACUUUACCCUCCAUUCACGUCAAAGGAGGGGAAGAGGGAGAGGGAGAAGAACAGACUUUGGUGCCCCGCUUGACAAAACUCAAUAUCAUCGUUCAACAUAAACACAAGUCACGCACGGUGCCGUCAAUAUCAUUCCUCAGGGACCCCUUGAUUAAUGCAGUCGAAAAUCGGUGGGAUCAUCAGGUAGCAGGGGUGGCUAGGCUUGUGAGCGUCGAGGUACGUGCUGCUGUUCUGGUUAAGCAGGAUAUGGUGGUUUCACCUGGAGCGGGGAAUGUGGAGAGGUGGAGUAGAUUGAAGGAGGGAGGAAUGGGAAUGCUUUUUCAUGUGAUUGGAGGUAAGGCCGACGAAGAGUGUCCACCUGCCAACUCGUGUAUGAUGCGUGUCGAUCCGGAUCCCACGCGUCCCGCGUAUCUGCAGAGAGUGUAUGUUUGA